AUGUUGAGCGAUAAAAAUAAAAAUAUUACUCCUGCAGGAAUUAUCGUCACUGAAACAAAUAACCGAAUUAUUCCAGCUACGAGACGUCCAGAUGGAAGUCUUCGCAAAGAACGUCGUGUUCGUCCAGGAUUUAUUCCACAAGAAGAUAUUGCUAUUUAUAAGAAUAGAUUUGUGGCAAAAAAAGAGCAUACUGAACAUAAUAAACGUAAUGAAAAUAAUGAAAAUAAUGAAAAUAACGGUAUAUCAUCACAAAAUAAUUAG